AUGCUCGUUCUAAUAAGCAGUUAUUCAGAUAUUUUAUCUAGUGGCCGUCGCUUCGUAGGCGCAGUGUUUCCAUUCCUACUCGGAGGAACCAUUGUCGCUGCAGGAUGCAUCCUUGCCGAUUCGUUAUUCUAUCAAACGUUGCAUAUUACAUUGGCCGAAAAAUCGAUCGAAACCUUUGUGGAUGUAAUGGAUGUCAUCAGCGAUCCAGGAAAGUGGUCGCGGGUUCGUAUAUCGGGUACAGUUGUCCUGACGCCAUUAAACAAUAUACUGUAUAAUGCCAAAGUCGAGAACCUUAAAGAUCAUGGUCUGCAUCCGCGCUACUUGCAUCUGCUGGUUAACUUCCCAUUGUUGUAUGGCCCACUGAGUACAAGCGCCUUGGUGUCAUUACUAUGGAGACCAAGAACAAGCCCAUUGCUCUACUAUGUUCUCGUCAGCGUGAUUAUCUUGGCAAUGACAGGCUUAUCCAUCAUGCCACAUCAAGAAGCCCGGUUCUUAACGCCUAUGAUGGUCCCGCUUGUGUUGGUAUACACAUGGAAUCGCGUCAAGAUCAACAGAGUGUUUUGGUUUCUUUGGCUAGCUUCCAAUGUUGCUACUACGUUUAUUUUCGGCGUCCUUCAUCAGGGAGGCUUGGUUCCAGCAAUGAUAUUCUUACAGCAGCAGUCGCUAGGCAUGGAAGGCUGUCAUGUGUUGGAAAACAGUGGUUUAGGCUGUGCGUUUGGUGAAAUCGGUAAUCCGGAUAGACCAAAUGUCAAAGUACAAGAUUUCGGAGGGCAAUUCGACUCGCUCUACGAAGCACUGCAAGAACGAGCUGGAAUCCCGUUUGUUCCACAUAGCCCACAUAUGAACUUUGCGCCAUCGAAACAAGUGGCAGGUGAAUACGAACGAACACUUGUGGUUGCUCCGAGUAUGGCAAUGCUGCCCAAGCUAGAUGACGGUCGCUAUUUGCUUCUUGCCAGCUUCACGCCUCACGUGAACUUUGAUGACAUACCAGUGCUGAUGGAUCUGUUGAUUCAAGGAAAAUUUUCAAGAGCACUGAUGAGCCUGAAUAUUUACAUGGUCCUGACUGAAGAAAAUUAA